CCACUUCCGGGAUGUUGCACAUGAUCAAUCACCACAGUGUCGCUACAAACACAAAGUGACAGAUACCUGCCGAAACCCGGAGAGACAAUGACUAAUCACUAGAAAGGUACGCUCUCAAACAUGACCUAGGCAAGGUCACAGUAGAGCCUCCAAGAUGGCUGACCCACAGGAAGUAGCAUUUGAGCCGGAGUUUGAGUCAGCUGAGGAGGAACUGCUGCAUCAUGCUCGUCAUGGAACUGCAGCUCGUGUUCUUCAGCUGGUGGUACCAGAUACAGGCGACAAGGGCGUCAGAGACAUCAACUGCAAAGGUAAAAAGAAGUUCAAUGGAGACGCACAGCACACGUGGAUGGACCCCUCUACACUUGGCUUCAUACUUUGGACAUUAUGACACAGUGAAGAUACUUUUAGAGAAUGGAGCUGAUCUGAAUAUUGUGAACACAGUCGGAGACACACCACUACAUCAGGCUGCACACACAGCAAGGGAGCAAGUUCUCACAGUCCUGCUGGAGUAUGGAGCUGAUGUGAUGGCAGUGAACUCAGAGGGGCAUCAGCCCAAACACCUGGCCCGCAACCCCAAUGUGAAAAGGCUCAUAGAGGCUGCAGAGGUUCAUGAAAGCAGACGUCACGAGGAUGAGUUCCUCCAGGCAGCUGCGAUGGGGAACAUGGACGGUGUCUCAGACAAGUUACAGAAGAGCCAUGUGAACAUCAACUGUACAGACAGGUUCGGCAACACGGCACUGCAUGUACAGCUCUGCAUGAGUAAGUACAAAAAUGAUGGUAAAGAGCUUUAA